GAGGGGUAAAUUCAUUCGACGGUUUCAACUCACACCAGUAGCAGGUGAACACGUCGAGGUCUCAUCGUAUUAGAUAGAUUUGUAACCAAACAAAAGCUGUUAUUUUCUUAAAAAGAAAAGUAACGAUAAUUCGUCGUCAUCAUGGCAGAGUCAAAAGGGAAUGAAGACUUGGCGACAGCAAUUUUGAAGAACAAAGUAAAACCAAAUCGACUUUUGGUUGAAGAGGCUGUGAAUGAUGACAACUCUGUUGUUGCUAUGUCCCAGGAAAAAAUGGAUGAGCUUCAACUCUUCAAAGGAGACACAGUUCUACUGAAGGGCAAGAAAAGGAAGGAGACUGUAUGCAUUGUUCUGUCAGAUGACACUGUCUCAAAUGAAAAAAUCAGGAUGAACCGUGUAGUCAGAAACAAUCUGCGAGUCAGGCUGGGUGAUGUUGUGUCAGUGUCUCCAUGCCCUGAUGUUAAAUAUGGUAAAAGGAUCCAUGUGCUUCCUAUUGAUGACACAGUGGAGGGUCUUACUGGAAGCCUCUUUGAUGUGUACUUGAAACCAUACUUUUUGGAGGCAUAUCGCCCUAUUCACAAAGGAGACAUUUUCAUCGUUCGUGGAGGCAUGCGUGCUGUCGAGUUUAAAGUCGUUGAAACCGACCCUGUUCCAUACUGCAUCGUAGCUCCGGAUACAGUUAUACAUUGCGAGGGCGAACCAAUCAAACGAGAGGAAGAAGAAGAGGCUUUGAAUGCCGUGGGAUACGACGAUAUUGGAGGUGUUCGCAAACAAUUGGCUCUCAUUAAGGAGAUGGUUGAGUUGCCUCUGCGUCAUCCUCAGCUAUUCAAAGCAAUUGGUGUGAAGCCACCCCGUGGUAUUCUGCUCUACGGACCUCCCGGUACCGGCAAAACUCUCAUCGCUCGUGCAGUGGCCAACGAAACUGGCGCUUUCUUUUACUUGAUUAACGGUCCUGAGAUUAUGAGCAAGUUGGCUGGUGAAUCAGAAAGUAAUUUGCGCAAAGCGUUCGAAGAAGCCGAGAAAAACUCACCAGCGAUUAUCUUUAUCGACGAAUUGGAUGCUAUCGCACCCAAGCGUGAAAAGACCCACGGUGAAGUCGAGCGCCGUAUCGUCUCACAGCUGUUGACACUUAUGGAUGGUUUGAAGCAGCGAUCUCACGUUAUUGUCAUGGCGGCUACUAAUCGUCCGAAUUCGAUUGAUGCUGCGCUUCGUCGGUUUGGCCGAUUUGAUCGUGAAGUUGACAUUGGCAUUCCGGAUGCGACUGGGCGGCUUGAAGUUCUGCGCAUUCACACUAAAAAUAUGAAACUAGCUGAUGAUGUGGAUCUAGAACAAGUUGCUGCCGAGACCCACGGCCAUGUCGGUGCUGACAUUGCCGCCCUUUGCUCAGAAGCCGCUCUCCAACAAAUCCGUGAAAAAAUGGAUCUGAUUGACUUGGAAGAAGAUCAAAUUGACGCCGAAGUCCUUAAUUCUCUAGCCGUCACGAUGGAGAACUUCCGGUUUGCCAUGGGCAAAUCUACGCCAAGUGCCUUGCGAGAGACCAUCGUCGAAGUUCCCAAUGUAUCUUGGGAGGAUAUCGGUGGAUUGGAAGGUGUCAAACGGGAACUCCAAGAAUUGGUCCAGUACCCAGUCGAGCAUCCGGAGAAAUUCCUCAAGUUUGGCAUGACGCCGUCUCGUGGUGUUCUAUUUUAUGGCCCCCCCGGUUGUGGUAAAACUUUGCUCGCCAAGGCUAUUGCAAACGAGUGCCAGGCCAACUUCAUUUCGAUCAAAGGCCCCGAGCUGUUGACUAUGUGGUUUGGUGAGUCUGAAGCCAAUGUGCGCGAUGUUUUCGACAAAGCACGCGCUGCUGCUCCUUGUGUGUUGUUCUUCGAUGAACUCGACUCGAUCGCCAAGGCGCGUGGUGGAAGUUCAGGUGAUGCUGGUGGAGCUGCUGAUCGUGUGAUCAAUCAAGUCUUGACUGAGAUGGACGGCAUGGGUGCUAAGAAGAAUGUUUUCAUCAUCGGAGCUACGAAUCGUCCUGAUAUCAUUGAUCCUGCCGUUCUGCGUCCUGGCCGUUUGGACCAACUGAUUUACAUCCCUCUACCCGACGAGAAAUCACGAGAGGCUAUUUUGAAGUCAAAUCUACGAAAAUCUCCUCUUGCUCCGGAUGUGGAUUUGGUUUACUUGGCCAAAGUAACGCAUGGUUUCUCUGGUGCCGAUUUGACUGAAAUUUGUCAACGCGCUUGCAAGUUGGCUAUCCGACAGUCAAUUGAAGCUGAAAUCAGACGGGAGAAGGAACGUGUCGCUAACCCUGAUAUGGAUAUGGAAAUGGAAGAAGAGGAUCCCGUUCCAGAAAUUUCUCGCACUCACUUUGAAGAAGCCAUGAAGUUCGCUCGCAGAUCCGUUUCUGACAACGAUAUCCGCAAAUACGAGAUGUUCUCACAGACUUUGCAACAAUCGCGUGGAUUUGGUACCAACUUCAGGUUCCCGAAUGCUCCGGCUGCGGGUGGCAGUCAACCCAGCGGAGGAACUGGUGGAAAUUUCCAGGAUGACGCCGAUGACGAUCUUUAUAGUUAAGAAAAGCUUUAGGCUGAGUUUGCCAGAAACAGUGGGUGAGCGGGAAAACAGUCUGUUGGAUCUUAACAUCUACGCAAAUCUUUGCCCCACCUUGUUUUUCCGUACGUUUAACUUCUUCGUUCAGUCGAUUACUUGAAAUCGAAUAAAUUUGUUUUGAUCGAG